UUGACUAAGCGGCCGGUUGUGAAGACCGUUGCAUUGCGUCUCUAAACCCCGGGUGGAAGUAGGGUAAAGUCGGAGAAAUUGAAUAUCCAACUGGAAUAUCCAAUUUGAAACCAACUUCACCACGGUCGAGCAAACCGGGAGAUUAUGACGCUGCUUUGUGUUUCUGAAAAUUGAGUUCGGCUUCAAGUACAUGUAGCUAAUAUCCCGUUUUCAAUUUAGCACGUAAUAAUAAGUACUUCGUACAUCGAUAUAUAGAUAUAGUUAUGGUAAUCAUAUUUGACUUAUGUACAGCGAAGUAGCUACAUUUAUUUUCAAAAUUUGUGAUUUUGUUAUUAACGGAAGAACAUCGCGGAAGUGAUAUUUUUGACGCAUAUUGAUGAUGUCAUCGUGAAAGAAUAACAAGAACUGAAAUGUAAUGCUACAAAGGAAUAUACUUCACAAAACUAUGGCUCUCGGAUGCUUCGAACGCGUCUACAAUGCGAAAUUAUUUUUUUUAAGAAAAAUAUAUUUUAAAUGUAGCUGGUCAUCCUGCGAAUGAAGACAACUAAUAUAAUAUUUUUAGCCUGUAAGUUUUCAGGCUAGCUUGCAUGAAAUAACAAAGACAGCAAACAACGGUUUAGCAAACAGAGUGGCGAAAAAAACUUUAUAAACACGACGACAGCGUUUAGAGUUGUCAUUUACUUGCAGUGUCAAUACAUUUUAGCAAAUAAUACGUAAGGUGCCCCGCCAUGGCCUGCUAGGUUUUUUUCCGGAUCGUGGAGCGCUCAGCCGGACCAUGGGCCGUUCGGGGGGAUCAUGACGCGGGCGGGGGCAGCUAGCUCCGGUGGGUUCCCGCCAGAGGCCAUGCCGCAGAGGAAGAAGGGCCUGGCCCCUGCGGGCGGGCGCAGGAGGCCCCGCGCCGAGGAGGACGUCUUCCCCUUCAACUCGCUGCCGGCGGAGUGCCAGCUGCACGUGCUGUCCUUCCUGCCCGAGGUGGACAAGUGCAGCGCCGCGCUGGUGUGCGCCAGCUGGAGCCGGCUGGUGCGCUCCGGGAAGCUGUGGCGGGUGGCCGACUUCUCCCGCCGCGGGGCCUCCCACGCCGGCCAGGAGGGGCUGCUGGUGUCCAACCGGGAGUUUGAGCGCUGGAAGGCCUGGGUGGAGCACUACGCCCACCACCUGAUCUCGCGCGGGGCCAGCCUGCUGACGCUGCGGGCCAGCUUCGACCUGGGCGACCGGCGCAACGGGUGGGGCGAGCUGCUGGCCCGCCUCCUGGACAGCGUGCACUGCCGGGACCUCAGCCACCUGGACCUCAACUGGACCUUCACGCUGCUGGAGCCGCUGGACCUGCGGCCGCACGCGCGCCAGGAGAGCGUCACCAAGGCCGACCAGGUGGAGAGCUUCCAGGCGCUGCUGGCCAAGCUGGCGCGCAGCUGCCCGCGCGUGGCCCGGAUGCGCCUGCACUUCGACUGGUCCGAGGCCUCCGUGGCGCUGCUCUCGCAGUUCCGCCACCUGCGCGUCCUGGAGCUCAAGUACUUCUGGGUCUUCAAGGGGGUGAACCCGGGCACGCUGCAGGCCCUGACGGCGGCGCUGCCCGCCCUGCGCUCGCUCACGCUGCACGUGCUGGUGCCCCUGCGCAACCUGGGCGUGUCCUACACGCUGGAGUCGGACUCGCUGGAGUUCCUGGACGUGUCGCAGAGCCGCGGCCUGGUCUUCUCCCGGCUGCGCCUGCCGGCCCUGCGCGAGCUGCGGGCCAAGAAGGCGGUGCGCGGCAUCACGCUGGACCGCCGCACGCGGCUGCGCAUCCAGAGCCGCUGGCCUUGCCUGUACCAGGUGCUGCGGGAGGGGGCGCCCAAGCUCCAGGCGCUCAACAACGAGCGGCUGCUGCCCGGCUGGAGGGAGCAGGGCUACCGCGAGCUGACCGCCAUCCUGCAGCAGGCCUGCUACUGCCUGCAGCACCUGGACAGCUGGCUCUGGUGACCGCGGUGCGGACCGCCAUCCUGCAGCAGGCCUGCUACUGCCUGCAGCACCUGGACAGCUGGCUCUGGUGACCGCGGCGCGGACCGACAUCCUGCAGCAGGCCUGCUACUGCCUGCAGCACCUGGACAGCUGGCUCUGGUGACCGCGGCGCGGACCGACAUCCUGCAGCAGGCCUGCUACUGCCUGCAGCACCUGGACAGCUGGGUCUGGUGACCGCGGCGCGGACCGCGAGCCUGCCGACGGCGCGGCUGAGCUCCCAGCCCCGCCCCCGUUUCCGCUGUGCGCCCGAGGACUUUGUUUUUGGGUCGUUUUUAUUCCAUUCCGUCUGCCGAACGAUGGGCUUUUCUUGCCCCUGUGUGUGUGCGUGCGUGCGUGCGUGCGUGCGCGCGUGUGUGAAAUAAUCUUGAAUCAGAGCUGAAAUUUAAUGCUCGUGUUCAUUUUGAAUCUUAUCUUAGGAUCUUACUAUUUCUGAGUACAUCAUUCCAAGUAAUUAUUAGGACAUUUUUUGAAAACAAUUAAAUAACAGAUUAGGGUAAAAAAAAAAAAAAACGAAGUUAUGAUCAACAGUCCUGGAUUUGUCACCAGAUGCUGUGUUUUCAUGCAGGUAAAAUUCAGAAACUGCUCCUAAACUGGUUGACUGUCAAUUCCUGUUGUAAUGGCUAAUUGGUAGAUUUUAAAGAGGUGUUGUUAACUGUGUGGGAAUCAAGCCCUAAAAUAGAAAAUUGUUAAAAUGUGAACCAUGUUAUCCUGACACACUGAUACUCUUUGCCAACACAAAGAUAUUAUUUCACCAGUGUCCCUCUUCAUAACCUGUAGGAAGAUGACCGAAGCAGUAAUUCCUCAACUGGAACAUUACAGUAUAGGCUUUUUGCCCUUUUUUUGACAGGGAAUCGACUGCAAUUUCUGAUUUUGAAAACCAUUGCAACUUUCUCGAUGUGUGUUCAUGACUAAAUAACUCACAUGCAGUUCAUAUUUAUACUUUGCUGUGUUUUUUUCUUUUCUUUUAUUGAGUAAGGAAGAUUGUUAACCCAUAUUGUAGGUCUCCAUUGCAUUACAUUUGCGAUGUAGGUGCCUUCCCCAAACUUGCCAAUAAAUUACUGUGUUUUAAUAUAUCCAUUAUCUUAAAAUGUUUUAAUAGAUUUAAUCACGUCUUGGUACUGUG